AGACGCUUGCGCAGUGGUGUGUGAGAGGCGGCGGCGGCGCUUGAAGCUUCUAGCUUUAUUGCUACGGAAGGUGGCGACCGCGUUGCUAUGGCUGAACUGGUGCAGCAGGCCUCGCAGUCCCGCGGUAGCUCACAGGCUCCGGCUGCCGGACAGACUAGCGCUGCUGCUGGGACGGGCGGAGGGAGCGGCUCCAGCACUAGUAGUGACCCAGCCAGGCCCGGCCUGAGCCAGCAGCAAAGAGCGAGCCAGAGAAAGGCGCAAGUACGGGCCCUCCCUCGGGCCAAAAAGCUGGAAAAGCUCGGGGUAUUCUCCGCUUGUAAGGCCAACGACUUGUGUAAGUGCAAUGGCUGGAAGAACCCCAACCCACAGACUGCACCAAGAAUGGAUCUGCAACAGCCCGCAGCCAGUCUCACGGAACCGUGUCGCAGCUGCGCCCACGCCUUGGCCGACCAUGUGUCUCAUCUGGAGAAUGUUUCCGAAGAUGAAAUCAACCGGCUGCUGGGGAUGGUGGUCGAUGUUGAAAACCUCUUCAUGUCCGUUCACAAAGAAGAAGACACGGACACCAAGCAAGUUUACUUUUACUUGUUUAAGCUGCUAAGAAAGUGUAUCCUUCAGAUGAUUCGACCCGUGGUAGAGGGAUCUUUGGGAAGCCCACCGUUUGAAAAGCCAAAUAUCGAACAGGGAGUCCUGAAUUUCGUCCAGUACAAGUUCAGCCAUUUGCAGCCCAAGGAACGUCAGACAAUGUACGAGCUCUCCAAAAUGUUCCUCCUUUGCUUAAAUUACUGGAAGCUUGAAACUCCGUCACAGUUCCGGCAGAGAUCUCAGAAUGAAGAUGGAGCAACGUACAAAGUUAAUUAUACCAGGUGGCUCUGUUACUGUCACGUACCACAGAGCUGUGACAGUCUUCCACGCUAUGAAACUACACACGUGUUUGGGAGGAGUCUGCUUCGUUCUAUCUUCACCGUUACUCGCCGACAACUGCUGGAGAAAUUCAGGGUAGAGAAGGACAAGCUUGUUCCUGAAAAGCGGACUCUGAUCCUUACACACUUCCCAAAGUUCCUUUCCAUGCUGGAAGAAGAAAUCUAUGGGGAAACCUCUCCCAUAUGGGAGGCUGAUUUUACUCUUCCCACCACAGAAGGUCCCCAACUAGUGUCUCGUCCAGCUGCAGUGAACACCACUUCAGUUCCCUCCACUCCUCUCUUCAACAACAAUCUAAACAACAGUUCUUCCCUGACGUCCAGUGGGGACUCCAGCAGUUCAGAACCAAUGGCAGGUGAGAAAAGGAAACUAUCCGAUAGCCUGACCUUAGAGGAUGCCAAAAGAAUACGAGUGAUGGGCGACAUCCCUUUGGAGCUUGUUAAUGAGGUCAUGCUCACUGUAGCGGAUCCUGCUGCCAUGCUUGGUCCUGAUACGAGUUUGCUGUCGGCUAAUGCGGCCCGAGAUGAGACGGCUCGCUUGGAAGAAAGAAGGGGCAUAAUAGAAUUUCAUGUCAUUGGAAAUUCUCUGUCUCAAAAGUCAAACAAAAAGAUCCUUAUGUGGCUUGUGGGUCUGCAAAAUGUGUUCUCUCAUCAGCUGCCACGGAUGCCAAAGGAGUACAUAACCCGCCUUGUGUUUGACUCAAAACACAAAACCUUGGCUCUUAUUAAAGAUGGCCGUGUGAUUGGGGGCAUCUGUUUCCGAAUGUUCCCCACUCAAGGAUUCACUGAGAUUGUAUUCUGUGCGGUGACUUCCAAUGAACAAGUGAAGGGUUACGGCACUCACCUCAUGAACCAUUUGAAGGAAUAUCAUAUCAAGCACAACAUUCUGUACUUCCUGACGUACGCAGAUGAAUAUGCCAUCGGUUAUUUUAAGAAACAGGGAUUUUCCAAGGACAUCAAAGUUCCAAAAAGUCGUUACUUGGGGUACAUCAAGGAUUACGAGGGAGCCACUUUAAUGGAAUGUGAGCUGAACCCUAGAAUACCUUAUACAGAACUCUCCCACAUAAUAAAAAAGCAAAAGGAGAUAAUUAAGAAGCUGAUUGAACGGAGGCAGGUUCAGAUCCGCAAGGUCUAUCCUGGACUGACAUGUUUUAAAGAAGGCCUGCGCCAGAUCCCAGUAGAGUGUAUUCCUGGAAUACGAGAGACUGGCUGGAAACCAACAUGUAAAGAGAAAGGGAAAGACAUUAAAGACCCAGACCAGCUGUAUAACAUCCUAAAGAACCUGCUAGCACAAAUCAAGACUCACCCAAAUGCUUGGCCCUUCAUGGAGCCUGUGAAAAAAUCAGAGGCCCCGGAUUACUACGAAGUGAUCCGAUUCCCAAUAGAUUUGAAAACCAUGACGGAGAGGCUGAAGAACAGGUAUUACGUAACAAAGAAGAUCUUCAUCGCUGAUCUGCAGAGGAUCACUAGCAAUUGCCGAGAGUAUAACCCGGCAGACAGCGAUUACUGCAAGUGUGCCAACACGCUGGAGAAAUUCUUCUACUUCAAGCUCAAAGAAGCGGGGCUCAUAGACAAAUGACACAUGUUUGAUGGCUGGAAAACCCCAUUAAUGGUGGAACGUUUGUGGCAGUGUUUUAUUUACAGCAUUAGAUUUGGCCUUGCUCCAAGGCUUUGGUUUCCAUCCCAUGCCAUGCAGUUUGCAGGAAAGGCCUUCCCUCUCUGAAAGCAAUGAGAACUGCCCGAUGAGGAAGAGCUCAUUCUUCAUUUUCAUUGAGUUGUUGCCACAAUUACUGGGCCUGAGGCAAGCUCAUGUGUUUACAUUUACUCCAAUUACCAAACUUUAUAUACAUGAACAGCUUUUGUCUACAUGUUUACUGGCUUGAAGAAUAGUCCGUAUAGAUGUUGUUUGGUAAGCAACCACGAGAUCCUGAGAUUACAGCGGCCAUGCCUUAUAAACUGCUCAUAUUUAGCGUCUGCACUGGCCGGCUGCUUUGUUUCUGUGUGCAGCCCUGUUUAAAUCGGGAGUCACACUGGCUGUGGCCACCCGUUACCCGUUUUCAGCCACAUUUGACAUGGUAACGGAUGAUUUUGGACGGUAUAUGGUCUCACAGUGGUGGGCAUUCAGAAUCGCUAUAUAAAAAAGGGGCCAACAGUACAGUUAAACUAUUUAUCGUGUUUGACUGUCUCUAGGAAGGAUGCUUAGGGAAGAACACAUUUUCUUUCUAUUUAUUAAGGGAACAAUAUAAAAGUAUUAUGUACUGCUGUAAUUUGACCAGUGAUGCUCGUUUACACCUUUACACAUGUUCCUGCCAUGUGUAAGUCCAUAAGGAAACCCUUUACUCUACACUUGCACUUUGUCUGUACAGAUCCUUGUGUUUCCCUCAACUUUGUAGGACCUGCGCCAUUUUCCCACCCCGUUCUAUAGACUCACCUCCUGUAUGUGCCAUGCCUUACACCUCUUGCUUAUUGUACAAGUGAGCUCAUUGUGUAUUAAAAUGGAGAAACGUGAAUUUAUUAAAUUAA